CCACGUUGCCGCAACUCACGUCUUGGAAUCCCGGCUGGCGGGAUGGGGGCUCUGGCUUUUCUCACUCACUCACACUCUCUCUGAGUCUCAUCCCCACCCUCGCUCGUUCGACCGGUUCGACGCUAGAUCCGUCCAUCCCGGGUUUGGCCUGGCUCAACGUGGACGCGCACGCUCCUUGCUGGCCGGGACAUUCUGUGACCAGGGCAUCACAACUUGAGACUUGGCCCGCCUGCAGCCUCCAAGCACCGGAGCGCACGACGUCGUCGUCCCAUUCUUUUGCAACAUGUAUAAUCCUCGCUACCUGAGCUAUGAGCAGACCACCGGCCCAUCUCCUAAGUUUUCGGCGUUGAACAUUAACUCGGGCCUGUCCUCCUCUUCUUCUUCUCGUCUUCCCGACCCGGCUUGUCAUUCAUCUUCUUUUUAUGUCAUCUCGCUGUUCCCUCCCUCCCCCCAUUCCCUCUUCGCACCGUCACCAGCUUACGUUCCUUGACGAAGACUCUUUAAUUUCUUAUCCUGAGGGCUCCUGGUGAUAGUCCCUCGUCCGUCCCUUCAUUCUUAGCAAAGAGCCGCCUGGUGUGGCCUGUGUUUUCUUAUACCUUUGUUUCUAGAGCUGUACAUCUGGUGACGGACGAACCACACAUAAAACAGAAAUGGAGUCGACAUCAUUGCGGUCGCUGGUCCUCUACGGCCUGUUGGCGACCUUUGCCGACGCCUCUCCGGUCGAGAAGCGGGCUAAUCUCCAGAAACGAGGACACUUCCUCGUGCCCCGAGUGCUCAACGAGAACUUCGAGGGCCACAACGGACCGAGGCAACUGCUUAAGACGUAUCGCAAGUAUAGCAUGCCUAUUCCUCAGGGUCUGCUGGAUGCCAUGGCCGCCCAGGAAGCCAAGAACCCGGCGCCCGCCCAGGCUGAGGGAUUCAAGUCGCUUGCCGCCGGCGCAACGAACCAGAGCGCCGCCCCUGGCCAACCCGGAACCGGUCUCGUCACCGCCACCCCGAUCCGCAACGACGUCGAGUACGUCUCGCCCAUCAAGAUUGGCGGCCAGGAGGUCAACGUCGACUUCGACAGCGGUUCUUCCGACCUCUGGGUCUUCACCUCCAUGCUCGACACCCAGUCCCAGACAGGCCACCAGUUGUACGACCCGAGCAAGAGCCAGGGCGCCAAGAUGCUCCAGGGACAGCAGUUCAGCAUCAGAUACGGUGAUGGCUCCGGCGCCCAGGGCGUUGUGGGAACCGACGUCGUUGAUAUUGGCGGCGCCGUCGUUCAGGAGCAGGCCAUCGAGAUGGCCACCGCCGUCUCACAGCAGUUCGUCCAGGAUACCGCCAACAACGGUCUCCUGGGCCUCGCCUUCUCCAAGCUCAACACCGUCAAGCCUACGGCCCAAAAGACCUUUUUCGACAACGUCAUGCCCAGUCUUGCCGAGCCCGUCUUUACAGCCGACCUCCGCAAGAAGUCCGUCGGCGCCUACGAGUUUGGCCGCAUCGACAGCUCAAAGUUCACCGGCCAGAUGGCCUGGAUCCCCAUCAACACCACCACCGGUUUCUGGCAGUUCACUAGCGAGAAGUUCGCCGUCGCUGGCGGCGAAGUCCAGAUGGGCACGGCCGGCGCCCAGGCCAUCGCCGACACGGGAACGACGCUCAUCCUCGCCAACCCGCCCAUGGUCCAGGCCUACUACCAGCAGGUCCAGGGCGCCAAGCAAGACCAGAACGUCGGCGGCGUCACCUUCCCCUGUGAUGCCCAGCUUCCCGAUCUCAUGAUGGACAUUGGCGGCGUCUACAUGGCCCGCGUCAAGGGUAGCGAUAUCAACUUUGCCCAGGUCAAUGCUCAGACUUGUUUCGGCGGUCUUCAGGCCACGACCUCCAAGCUCCAGAUCUAUGGCGACAUUCUGUUCAAGUCGCAGUUCGUCGCCUUCAACGGCGGCAACAUGUCCAUCGGCAUGGCGGAGCACAUCGUCAACAGCCAACAGGCCGGCGCAGCCACCGCACCCGGCGCAGCGGCGUAAGCAUUGACACACUUGUGCGGCAAUCUUCAUUUCUUUUGGCAUUAGGAUUCACUUGUUUUUUUCGUGUCCAGGGAAAACAACAACAACGCCGGCUCGAAGACGUCCGGAAGUGAGAGGUCGACGAGGGCCGCCAUGGGAGGAGGGUUAAUGGUCGUCCUCCAAGCUUUGUUAAUUGCUGUGGUCAUUGGCGUCUGAGAUCGGACUGCACAAAAGACACAUUCGAUUUUCUUCUCCUACAACUGUUACAUCUAAAUAACAACGGGACCUACAUGGGUCAAUCUCAUUCUAGCUUAGAUAUUCUCUGAGCUCUCUAGCCGGCAUAGUAAAUGAAUGGCAUUGUGAUUGGAAAGCACUGUUGCUCGCUUCACUCCGAUUUGUUUAGACUUCACCCGACUCAUUUGGCGAC